UUCCGAUCCCGCGCGGCAUAUAACGAUACGAGCACCCCGCUCGUCAUGUUUUGUGAUGCCAGUUUGUAAAUGCAACUUCGCCAUUCGAGCCGAAGCGGUCAAACAAACUUCCAUGUUAUUUGGUUGUAAUUAGUAUUAAUUUUGUGUUGCUGCAGUAGUUUGAUCUGCGUGAAUCUGCCCGAUCUGUCAUUCCGCGGUGGGUACGAGGUGAUACCUGUUUGGUUAAUAUCUGUAAGACGGAAGACGGUGGAUCUGGAAGACAUGGACUGCCGAACCGGCAAAGGUUCUUUUGGUUCCAGCACUAGUGACUCGGAAGAUGGUGAAACGGUAAGUGCUGUUCGAACACCAUCGCCACUUCAAGUGGUCGCUGGCUGCAGAUCAAGUCCGGGAUUAGCCUGUAUGGUCUGCGGGGACACGUCCUCCGGAAAACAUUACGGCAUCUUAGCAUGUAACGGAUGUAGUGGAUUCUUCAAGAGAAGUGUUCGCCGGAAACUAAUUUAUCGCUGUCAAGCGGGAACUGGAACAUGUUACAUUGAUAAGGCUCAUCGCAACCAGUGUCAGGCAUGCCGACUGAAAAAAUGUCUACAAAUGGGAAUGAAUAAAGAUGCUGUACAAAACGAACGACAGCCUAGGAAUUCAGCAACAGUCCGUUACGACAUGGUGGAAGACCGGAAUGUUUUGGAGGGCACUGUUGCCGCAGCAUUCUAUCCUGUUCCCUCGGCUAACACGAUUGCUUCUUCGGGAAGCGCCUUCCGCAGCACGAACAGCACGAAAAGGCCAUCAGAAGGCGGCUCACUUGGUUCGCACCCGCACAAUUCUUUGUUGCAAGCGGUCCCAUCGACUCAGCACUUGGGAUCCACUUUGCCGGCACCGAAUAUCCCCCCGUUUCCAGCGCUUGGCUCGGUGGAAAACGUACUCUACGAGACCGCCGUUCGUCUGCUGUAUGCAGCCGUCAAAUGGGCUAAAAGCCUGCCUUCGUUCUUGACACUCCCUUUUCGUGACCAGGUCACGUUAAAUACAGUUUCCGUGGACAAAGACCAAAACGUUGGUACUUUGCAGAUCACUCUGUUGGAAGAAAGCUGGAGUGAGUUAUUCGUAAUGUGGUCCAUGCAGUGGUCAUUUCCGUUAGACGGAUGUGCCCUGCUCAACGUCUCAGACAAAAUCUCCUCAUCGUCGACGGGAAGUUUGGACUGGAAGAACUUAACUGAUGCUUACAACCGUUUCAAAGCGCUUAGUGUGGAUCCCGCGGAAUUCGCUUGUCUAAAGGCCGUCGUACUGUUCAAGCCGGAUGCCAAAGGCCUGAAAGAACCAGCACAAGUGGAAAAUCUGCAGGAUCAAGCCCAGAUCAUGUUAGGACAGCAUGUUCGCAUAAAUCAUCCCGCACAGCCAGCCAGGUUCGGGAAACUCCUUCUGCUUCUCAUUUAUCUUCGCCAGAUACCUUCAGAAAGAAUAGAAAGCGCUUUUUUCCUGCGCUACACUGGAAACACGCCUAUGGAGAAAGUCCUCAGCGACAUGUACAAAAGCUGAGCUCAACGGCACCGCUACCCGCUAAUCCGAAUAAUUUGUCUGAUGAUACUGUACCUUUAUUGAUUUUUUCUUGUAACCUGCAACUGUACAAAAACGAGCAGCCACAACGACAAUGUUCCAGAAUAUAAUAUGCCUGUACUGAGGCAAUCGUGCGGUGAUAACCGCAGAUAACAAUGUCAUAGUUUGUCUUACUAGGAAUUGGUCAAGUCCAAUGACUGCAUACAAAUAAAGUACUGUACUGUCUGUCAUUAACAAAAUUAAAA